GAUUCUAUCCUGAUGCUUCAUAUAAGAACCAUCGUGUCUCAAGCAAAAGCCGCAAUUCUCCGUUAGUUCGAAGCUAAAACCCCCAAACCCAAAAUUUCAAUAAAAUUCUCAUGGUCUCGAAAAACCCGAACCCGCCAGAGGGAUUUUACUUGGAUCCGAACGGAAUGGCGUUACCGGGACUAGGACCUUUCGCAACCACAGCUCCAACAACCACUACAUCAACCACAUCUUCAUCGGAAGAUCCAUCUAAGAAGAUCCGGAAACCGUACACCAUAACCAAGUCAAGGGAGAGCUGGACUGAACCUGAACACGACAAGUUCCUAGAAGCUCUCCAGCUCUUUGAUCGUGAUUGGAAAAAGAUUGAAGCGUUUGUUGGGUCAAAAACAGUUAUUCAGAUACGUAGUCACGCACAGAAGUAUUUUCUAAAGGUUCAGAAGAGCGGAGCCAAUGAACAUCUGCCUCCCCCUAGGCCUAAGAGAAAGGCUGCUCAUCCAUAUCCUCAGAAAGCUUCAAAAAAUGCCCAAAUGCUUUUACAACCUUCAGUAUCCUUUCAGUCAUCAUCUGCUCUCCUUGAACCUGGAUAUAUUCGAAGACCUGAUUCCUCUUCAAUGCCUACAAACCCUAUAACUAGUGCUGCUGCAGCUUCCUGGACGAAUAACUUGCCUGCAGUCAGUUUCUCAAAUCAAGCAAAAGGGCCAAUAGUAACAAAUAAUUGUUGCAGUAGCACAGAGAGUACUCCUAGAACAAAACCAAUUGGGGAAACAGCUGAGCUAGGGAAUCAUAGCCAUCCAUUAAGAGUUCUUCCUGACUUUGUUCAAGUAUACAGCUUUAUUGGUAGUGUAUUCGAUCCAAAUGCUACUGGUCAUCUGCAGAGGCUUAAAAAAAUGGAUCCUAUUGAUGUUGAGACGGUGCUUUUGUUAAUGAGAAACCUCUCUGUCAAUCUGACGAGCUCCGAUUUUGAGGAUCAUAGAAAGUUGCUUUCUUCCUAUGAGAUUGACACAGAAGCAGCAGGUGCAAACAAAACCCUUAAAGACGACAUACCAAAGCGUGUCACAGAGUUGGGUUGAGUUUUCUCAUAACUGAUGUUUCAUCGUUGCUGAAUGUGCCUGACUUCCAUUUACUUAUGCCUUCCCAUCCCAACUCAUCAGAUGUUGCGCCAUGCUGAAAGGCUGUAUUUAGAUAGCUUCAACUGCCAUCUAUUAGAGGCGUCUGCUACAUUUUUUUUUUGUUAGUUCGCUGUCUAUUAUUCUAUGAGUUGUAAGUAACUUUUUAUCAUUCCAAUGUGAUGUAUAUAUUGGAAACACCAAAAAGAAAAAUAUUACACUGCGGGAGGUAUAGGUAUAGUGAUUCAAGUUGUCUAAAGACUUUUUUGUAUAGGAUUGAAUCACUCUGUAUCCAAGUUUUGACUCUCGAAUAAUCUUUGCUGUCUAGGUUACUUGUGAUAUAUGAUCUUGUGCGUUUUAGCAGUA